UCGUCAUAUAUAACUCACGCAGUCACGCUUCCAUUCACACUUCAAAUCCCUAAUCCCCCGUUCCGAACCUUCAUCUUCGCCUCUUCUCCUCCCACCACCGCUGCUCGAUUUCUCCGACCCUUCAGAUCAAGAAGAUGAACCCAAAGAUGCUGCCCCUUCUCCCUAAAUGCCGCCGUCCAUCCCUUCACCUUCACGCGACCGUCCGUUUUUUAUAUAAAUCGAAGCUGAAAUGGCCUUCCCGCUGUUCAUUCUCUGCGAUUUGUGCGUUCUUUCAGUUGGUAUUGAGGCGCGCUGCAUGCUUCACUGUGAAAUGUCCGUCCUUCUGUUCAUCAACUGAAGUGGUUGCAUGCUCGAAGCCACGGAAGUGGUGCUGUUGCCAUUUAGUUUUCAAGCCUUAUAAGGAGGAUAAAGUGGAAGAAAAAGGAAGUCUACUGAUGGAGUUAGCAAGGCGGCUUUAGGAAAUCAAUUUAAAUCACUAGGAAAUUGGUUGAUAUAAAAUGACAAGUGGUGUUCAACAAGCUCAUUAUGCAUGUCAGCAUGGGGAACUAUUUGAGCCAGAAGAUUAUGAGCUUGUGGCUGCAAUGAUAGCCAGUGAAAGGAAGGAGCAAGUGGAGUCCAAGGCUAAGGAGAAAGUGCAAGUUAUAACAGCUAUUUAUAAGCUCAAUUUACACUGCAAUGAAUGUGGUCGUGCCAUUGAGAAGCCAAUUAUUAGAACACAAGGAGUAGAAAAUGUUUAUAUUGAUGUGGAGAGUGGCAAAGUUACGGUCACGGGAAUAUUUGAUGCAAAGAAGAUGCAUGAACUAAUUAAGAAGAAGAGUAAGAAAAAAGUUGAGUGGAUAUCAUUUAAGCCGGAGGAUAAAGGAGUGAGGAAGGAAGAGAUAGUUGGAAAGAUGAGAAAGGAGGAAGUUGUUAAAACCGCAGUCAUCAAGCUUCACUUGCAUUGUGAGAAAUGUGAAAAUGAUCUCGAGAAUAAAUUGCUGAAACUUAGAGGAGUUCAUAGUGUGAAAAUAGACAGAGGAGAGCAGACUUGCACCGUUGUUGGGAUUGUAGAGGAAGAAAAGCUAAUCGAAUACAUACACAAGAAGGCAGGCAAGCGUGGAGAAAUUGUUCAGCAGAAAGUAAAGAAGAUCAAAGAAGAUGAGAGUGAAAAGAAAGAAGAAGUAAAGAGCAAAGAUGUUGCCGUGCCUUAUUUCAUUCACUGCACCCAUGCGCCUCAGUGGUUUAGUGAUGAAAACCCAAACUCUUGUUCUGUUAUGUAAAUUCUAUUUGAUUUCAGGAUUAUUAAUUAUAUACAUAUGAUUGAUCA